UAGCAGUCGAUCCCGAUUUUCAAGUCUCCUCCUUUGGUGUCCUCUUGCCCCCGGGCAUGGCAACGAAGAGAUGGGAGGCCACCAGAAAAGCGCCCAUAUCUUCAGCGGCGAGUAUUGUCUCAGAAGAAACAACGACACGGUCAGACGAGAACCUUGCCUUGCCCAUAGUGGCUGCCGAAGGCAGACAUCCGGCUCCCGUAACGACCCGAAAGCCCAGGUCUGGCGCCGACCGGCCACUCGUCAGCAUGCCGAAUCUACCGAUCCCAAUCCACCCUGCCGAUGUUCCUUCUCCCAACCAGGCCCAGAAAAAAGCAACAGCGGUGGAACCACCACCACUCUAUGUGCAGCCAAGAACACCAAGGCCUGAGCCCUUAAAGGUCAUGCCUGUCACCAAGUUGAGGCUGAAACCCGCUUCAAGCCGACCGCCUGUUAGUGUGCCGAUCUGUCCUGUCCCUCGGCCAUGGGACGAGAUGUCUCCCCCAAAGCCAACAGCGAUAUCCAUUUUCCCAGCAAGCCCGCCCGGCGCCCGCCAGCUAUAUGUGGAGGAGGAGCAGGCUCCCGUGAUGGAUCAGCUGCCAACCAUCGAACAAUCGCCCACCGGGAGAGGAACAUCUGCCGUUGACUCGAGGCCUGCAAUGGAACCGGUUCUUAUAAUCGAACAAGCGAAGGCCACGAUCUGCGCUGAUAUUCGCUUCAGCUGCUCGGCGGAUAUCGAGGUGGCUGUGGGGGGCGAGCUGAAAACCACACGCGUCCAGAUAGUCCUUGGGUACAAACAAUCCAUGGAUGUUGUGGGAUCUCUUGUUCUGACACAAGAGAGCAUUAUCAUUUUCCAGGCAGAGGCUACAGCGUUUUCGGUCCUGCGAAUUUACGGCGAUGCACUCUUGCUGCGAUACCAGCUUCCACAUGAGAAGACUGACGCGACGCAGCUCAGAUUCGAAAACUCCAACGUGGCCCAGAAAUUUGCCGAUGCGCUUGAAGACUUGAAGGAGGGUCGUCAACCAACGCCUGUUGUGGAUUUGGCAGGUAGCGAAGCUCACACAGCCACGGCGCUUGCUCAGCAAGCACCUGAGCUGGCACCUGUCGUCUCGACAGUCAUGGAACCAAAGGGUCCUGAGAUAGUGGCUGAUUUGAUCGACCUAGAGAACGAUGACAGUACAAAAGUCGAACAUCCCGCGACCUCUCCACAUUCCGACAAGAUUGUCGCCCAUGGUCAGAAGCAAGAGACCCUGCUCGACGUUCCUGUGAAAGAGACUGCCGUCUUUGAGCAGGAGGUGGAAACACCAGCAGGCCAACGGGUCCUCGAGAUCAUGAGCUCGAUUUCGGAAGCCGACUAUGAAGGGCUGAUAGCCACAUGGCAGAGACUUCGUCCCCUCAUGGCGGACAUCCAGCUCGAAGGUACAUCGCUCGAGGAACGGACGGCAGUGCAGGCAAGUCUCAUGCAUCUCAUGAGACGCCAAGAGUUCCACGCGCUGCCAUUGGAGGAGCAGAAGCGUGCCCGCGACAUCUGGUCUCGCAGGCUGCUUCAGGGGAGAGCUCGGGUUGUUCGUAGCAGACAGAGCAUGGAACUUUUGCGCAAGCGCUAGAUGGAUUCGGUCCAGCUCGACACCGAAAAGCCUUGCGCGAAUAAUACAUGGCAUUUCAACUCAGCAGGGCCUGCCAGGCGCGAUAAACAAUUUGUAGGAUGUCCGUCAAU